AUGGAGCCUCUCUUGGGGGUUUUGUUGGGUUUGAUUCUGGCAGUAGCUUCAUCAGUGCAGAACAACUGUUCCUGUGCAACCAACAAGUGGACAGUAUGUGCCCAGGACGGAUCUGAGAACUGCAGCUGCACACUGGUAGGUUCAAAUCACAGGGUAGACUGUUCCACACUGACUUCAAAAUGCUUGCUGAUGAGGGCAGAAAUGACCCCCCUGAAGGAGAAGCGCUUCUGGGGCCAUCCCCAUGGGCUGUUAGAUAGUGAUGGCAUUUACAAUCCAGACUGCGAGGACAGUGGUAUCUUCAAAGCCAGGCAGUGCAAUCAAGCCGAUACUUGCUGGUGCGUGAACACUGCCGGAGUAAGAAGAACCGAAAAGGGUGACAAAAGCCUGAGUUGCGGUGAACUGGUUAGAACAAGCUGGAUCUACAUUAAACUGAGGCACAAAAAAAGGUCCAGUGGCUUCAGCGUUCCCGACAUAGCAAAUGCCCUGAAGCAUCUGUUUGAGAGCCGAUACAAACUGCACCCCAAAUACAUCACAGCCGUUAAGUACAAUUCUCCACUUAUCCAAAUCCACCUGAACCAGCAGAACCCUGAGAAAUCUAGGUGUGACGUAGAUAUAGCUGAUGUAGCCUAUUACUUUGAAAAGGAUAUCAAAAAUGACUCUGUAUUUCAUUCAAACAGUACGUUAACUGUCUCUGUCAAUGGAGAUGCUCUGGACAUUGAAAAAAUAAGGAUUUAUUACAUUGAUGAAAAGCCGCCAGAGUUUUGCAUGAAGCUACUGGCUGCUGGCGUUAGUGCUGUGGUGACAGUGGUGACGCUGAUGGCUGGCUUUGGCAUCGCUGCGCUGGUUAUUCUGAGGUGGCUGCGGACAAGAAAAUAUAAGAAAGUUGAGAUUAAAGAAAUGGGUGAAAUAAGAGCAGCAAUUGAUUGA